AUGACGAGGGGUCCUGUCCUCGGGUUAGUAGAUGUUAUAAAGCCAUUUGAAAUAGAAACAAAUGCUUCCGACUUUGCCCUAGGUGGUGUCCUUAUUCCAGAAGUCCACCCCAUCGUUUAUGAAAGUCGAAAGUUUAAUGAUGCCGAAUGGAGAUACACUGUCUCCGAAAAAGAAAUGCUGGCUAUAUUCAUGGUGAAGACGGAUAACAGCGCUAUCUGCCACUUCUUCGAUAAACCAAAAUUGACGGAAAAACAAGCCCGGUGGCAAGAGUCGCUGGUAGAAUUCGACUUCAAAUUCGAAUACAAGGUAGGGAAGAGUAAUCAAGCAGCCGAUGCGCUGAGUCGGAAGGGUGAACAUGCGGCCUUGUGCAUGUUAGCCCAUAUUCAUUCAAGUAAGAUCGAUGGAUCGAUGCGCGACAUCAUCAAAGAACAUUUACACAGAGACCCAUCAGCCAAAGUCGUUGUCAAGCUAGCUAAAGCUGGGAAGACACGACAAUUUUGGGUCGAGGGAGACCUUCUAAUGACUAAAGGAAAUAGAUUAUACGUCCCAAGAACGGGUGAACUGAGAAAGAAGCUCAUUCAGGAAUAUCAUGAUACCUUAUGGGCCAGACACCUUGGGUGGCAAAGAACAUAUGCCCUAAUAAAAAAGAGGUACUUCUGGCCGAAUAUGCGGGACAACAUCAUGCAGUACACCAAGACGUGCCUCAUCUGCCAACAAGACAAAGUUGAGAAAGCCAAAGUCUCGGGACUCUUGGAACCUCUACCUGUGCCAACAAGGCCUUGGGAAAGUGUAUCUCUGGACUUCAUAACACACCUCCCAAAAAUCGGGGAAUAUGACGCCAUCUUGGUUAUCGUAGACCGGUUCUCAAAAUAUGCGACGUUCGUCCCCACUCCAAAAUUAUGCUCUGCUGAACUAACAGCCCAACUAUUUUUCAAACACGUUGUCAAGUUAUGGGGCAUUUCGUUGAGCGUCAUCAAUGAAAGGGAUGGAAAAAACCCUCAUGCUCAAAACUUCACAAGAGAAUGGAAGCAGACAACAAAUAUAUCUCGGACAUAUUUAAAGAAAGCUUCCAAGCAUAUGAAGAAGUGGGCGGACAAGAAGCGUCGCACCCUCCAAUUUCGAGCAGGAGAUCAAGUCCUCAUCAAGUUGAGACCAAAACAGAUAAGAUUUCGCAGUCAAAAGAACCAGAGACUAGUUCGAAAAUAUGAAUGCCCGGUUGAAGUCCUUAAAAAGAUCGGGGCUACCUCUUACAGAGUUGCGCUACCCACAUGGAUGAAAUAUCACCCAGUAAUUCAUGUGAGCAACUUGAAGCCCUAUCACCCAGACCCGGACGAGGACCAGCUAAAUGUAAUUCCGAGACCGAGCAUCGAUCUGAAACAAAGAGACAACAAAGAAAUAGAGAAGAUCCUAGCCGACAGAGUUAGGAAGAUAGGAAGACCUAAAACAACUAUAUUCAAGAUAAUUACGUAUUUACAAAAUACCGUCUCAAUUCAUCCUAUUUCAUCAGAUCCGGGAUGUGAUAUGGUUCCGAAGGAUGAACUGGAUAUGGACAGUUCCAAUAAGAUUUCAUUCUUGAACAAAAAUCCAUUUAUUUAUUUAUUUCAUCUAUUCCAUGACCGGAACAGGAGGGGAUACACGUUACACCACGAUUUUGAAUCAGAAGAGAGAUUUCAAGAAAUGGCAGAUCUAUUCACUCUAUCAAUAAUCGAGCCGGAUCUGGUGUAUCAUAAGGGAUUUGCCUUUUCUAUUGAUUCCUACGGAUUGGAUAAAAAACAAUUCUUGAAUGAGGUAUUCGACUCCAGGGAUGAAUCGAAAAAGAAAUAUUUAUUGGUUCUACCUCCUAUUUUUUAUGAAGAGAAUGAAUCUUUUUAUCGAAGGAUCAGAAAAAAAUGGGUCCGGACCUCCCCCGGGAAUGAUUUGGAAGAUCCAAAACAAAAAAUAGUGGUAUUUGCUAGCAACAACAUAAUGGAGGCAGUCAAUCAAUAUAGAUUGAUCCGAAAUCUGAUUCAAAUCCAAUAUAACACCUAUGGGUACAUAAGAAAUGUAUUGAAUCGAUUCUUUUUAAUGAAUAGAUCCGAUCGCAACUUCGAAUAUGGAAUUCAAAGGGAUCAAAUAGGAAAUGAUACUCUGAAUCAUAGAACUAUAAUGAAAUAUACGAUCAACCAACAUUUAUCAAAUUUGAAAAAGGGUCAGAAGAAAUGGUUCGAUCCUCUUAUUUUGAUUUCUCGAACCGAGAGAUCCAUGAAUCGGGAUCCUAAUGCAUAUAGAUACAAAUGGUCCAAUGGGAGCAAGAAUUUCCAGGAACAUUUCAUUUCUGAGCAGAAGAGCCAUUUUCAUUUUCAAGUAGUGUUCGCUCGAUUACGUAUUAAUCAAUAUUCGAUUGAUUGGUCUGAGGUUAUCGAUAAAAAAGAUUUGUCUAAGUCACUUCGUUUCUUUUUGUCCAAGUUUCUUCUCUUUUUGUCUAACUCAAUUCCUUUUUUCUUUGUGAGUUUCGGGAAUAUCCCCAUUCAUAGGUCCGAGAUCCACAUCUAUGAAUUGAAAGGUCCGAAUGAUCAACUCUGCAAUCAGUUGUUAGAAUCAAUAGGUCUUCAAAUCGUUCAUUUGAAAAAAUUGAAACCCUUCUUAUUGGAUGAUCAUGAUACUUCCCAAAAAUCGAAAUUCUUGAUCAAUGGAGGAACAAUAUCACCAUUUUUGUUCAAUAAGAUACCAAAGUGGAUGAUUGACUCAUUCCAUACGAGAAAUAAUCGCAGGAAAUCCUUUGAUAACACGGAUUCCUAUUUCUCAAUGAUAUCCCACGAUCAAGACAAUUGGCUAAAUCCCGUGAAACCAUUUCAUAGAAGUUCAUUGAUAUCUUCUUUUUAUAAAGCAACUCGACUUCGAUUCUUGAAUAAUCCACAUCACUUCUGCUUCUAUUGUAACAAAAGAUUCCCUUUUUAUGUGGAUUAUGUGGAAAAAGCCCGUAUCAAUAAUUAUGAUUUUACAACUAUAUUCAAAAUAAUUACGUAUUUACAAAAUACCGUCUCAAUUCAUCCUAUUUCAUCAGAUCCGAGAUGUGAUAUGGUUCCGAAGGAUGAACUGGAUAUGGACAGUUCCAAUAAGAUUUCAUUCUUGAACAAAAAUCCAUUUAUUUAUUUAUUUCAUCUAUUCCAUGACCGGAACAGGAGGGGAUACACGUUACACCACGAUUUUGAAUCAGAAGAGAGAUUUCAAGAAAUGGCAGAUCUAUUCACUCUAUCAAUAACCGAGCCGGAUUUGGUGUAUCAUAAGGGAUUUGCCUUUUCUAUUGAUUCCUACGGAUUGGAUCAAAAACAAUUCUUGAAUGAGGUAUUCAACUCCAGGGAUGAAUCGAAAAAGAAAUAUUUAUUGGUUCUACCUCCUAUUUUUUAUGAAGAGAAUGAAUCUUUUUAUCGAAGGAUCAGAAAAAAAUGGGUCCGGACCUCCCCCGGGAAUGAUUUGGAAGAUCCAAAACAAAAAAUAGUGGUAUUUGCUAGCAACAACAUAAUGGAGGCAGUCAAUCAAUAUAGAUUGAUCGGAAAUCUAAUUCAAAUCCAAUAUAACACCUAUGGGUACAUAAGAAAUGUAUUGAAUCGAUUCUUUGUAAUGAAUAGAUCCGAUCGCAACUUCGAAUAUGGAAUUCAAAGGGAUCAAAUAGGAAAUGAUACUCUGAAUCAUAGAACUAUAAUGAAAUAUACGAUCAACCAACAUUUAUCAAAUUUGAAAAAGGGUCAGAAGAAAUGGUUCGAUCCUCUUAUUUUGAUUUCUCGAACCGAGAGAUCCAUGAAUCGGGAUCCUAAUGCAUAUAGAUACAAAUGGUCCAAUGGGAGCAAGAAUUUCCAGGAACAUUUCAUUUCUGAGCAGAAGAGCCAUUUUCAUUUUCAAGUAGUGUUCGCUCGAUUACGUAUUAAUCAAUAUUCGAUUGAUUGGUCUGAGGUUAUCGAUAAAAAAGAUUUGUCUAAGUCACUUCGUUUCUUUUUGUCCAAGUUUCUUCUCUUUUUGUCUAACUCACUUCCUUUUUUCUUUGUGAGUUUCGGGAAUAUCCCCAUUCAUAGGUCCGAGAUCCACAUCUAUGAAUUGAAAGGUCCGAAUGAUCAACUCUGCAAUCAGUUGUUAGAAUCAAUAGGUCUUCAAAUCGUUCAUUUGAAAAAAUUGAAACCCUUCUUAUUGGAUGAUCAUGAUACUUCCCAAAAAUCGAAAUUCUUGAUCAAUGGAGGAACAAUAUCACCAUUUUUGUUCAAUAAGAUACCAAAGUGGAUGAUUGACUCAUUCCAUACGAGAAAUAAUCGCAGGAAAUCCUUUGGUAACACGGAUUCCUAUUUCUCAAUGAUAUCCCACGAUCAAGACAAUUGGCUAAAUCCCGUGAAACCAUUUCAUAGUUCAUUGAUAUCUUCUUUUUAUAAAGCAACUCGACUUCGAUUCUUGAAUAAUCCACAUCACUUCUGCUUCUAUUGUAACAAAAGAUUCCCUUUUUAUGUGGAUUAUGUGGAAAAGGCCCGUAUCAAUAAUUAUGAUUUUACGUAUGGACAAUUCCUCAAUAUCUUGUUCAUUCGGGACAAAAUAUUUUCUUUGUGCGGCGGUAAAAAAAAACAUGCUUUUUUGGAGAGAGAUACUAUUUCACCAAUCGAGUCACAGGUAUCUAACAUAUUCAUACCUAACGAUUUUCCACAAAGUGGUAACGAAAGGUAUAACUUGUACAAAUCUUUCCAUUUUCCAAUUUGAUCCGAUCCAUUCGUUCGUCGAGCUAUUUACUCGAUCGCAGACAUUUCUGGAACACCUCUAACAGAGGGACAAAUAGUCAAUUUUGAAAGAACUUAUUGUCAACCUCUUUCAGAUAUGAAUCUAUCUGAUUCAGAGGGGAAGAACUUGCAUCAGUAUCUCAAUUUCAAUUCAAACAUGGGUUUGAUUCACACUCCAUGUUCUGAGAAAUAUUUACCAUCCGAAAAGAGGAAAAAACGGAGUCUUUGUCUAAAGAAAUGCCUUGAGAAAGGGCAGAUGUAUAGAACCUUUCAACGAGAUAGUGCUUUUUCAACUCUCUCAAAAUGGAAUCUAUUCCAAACAUAUAUGCCAUGGUUCUUUACUUCGACAAGGUACAAAUAUCUAAAUUUUCCAUUUUUAGAUACUUUUUCAGACCUAUUGCGGAUACUAAGUAUAAGUAGCAGCCAAAAAUUUGUAUCCAUUUUUCGUGAUAUUAUGCAUGGAUCAGCUAUAUCAUGGCGAAUUCUUCAGAAAAAAUUGUGUCUUCCAAAAAUCGAUCCCAAACUACCGACAUGA